UGCGUUGCUAGUUGCACUUCUUCUACGGCAUAUCGACACGGCAUAGAGCGCUCCGGAGGAAAGCCAUGAUUGCCACAACCCUCCGCCAGCUGGUGGGCCGCUCACUUUUCACCGUACAGCAACAUUUGGUAAGAUUUCAGAGCGGUGUCGAUGGGCCCGGUAGCGUACCGAAACCCGGCGUCGCAAACCCGGACACCAUAUUCGACAAGAUAAUCAAGAAGCAGAUACCGGCAGAUGUAAUUUACGAAGACGAGAAAUGCAUUGCGUUCAACGAUGUUGCUCCUCAAGCGCCGGUUCAUUUUCUUGUGAUUCCAAAGAAUAAAAUUGACAAGCUUGAAAACAGUACGCCCAAUCAAACGGAGAUAUUGGGGCAUCUGUUGCAUGUUGCCGGGCAGUUGGGAAAAUCGAAAGUAGGCAUGGGACAAUUGUGCGAGACCUAUGCCGCACACUCAGUUCAUUAUAGUGUGCGGUUGAUCGCCGCACGCGAAAAAGUGAACGGGUAGGUCUUCCGCACGCAUACAGAACUAACUGAAAUGUGCUCUGAAAGAGAUGCAAGAUAACUGUCGGUGUCAUAGACUGAACGAAAAAAAAACAUUCGUUUUGGGUCGGCAGAAUUUGUCACACACAACGACACAAGAAGAUCGAUCGCACUUUGCGCAAGAAAGAAUGCACAUAUUGCUAGCGUGGUCAGAUUGAUCAAUCGCACACAGCCGCACAAAAAGAACUCCUGCCGCACACAGACCCCAUUCUGAGUGAGAAAGAACACUCAUAGCCGAUGGGUCAUUCGCACACAGCCGCACGCGUGUUCAGUUGGGUCUGUCGCACACUACCGCACAAAAAGAACUCUUGUCGCACACUGCCGCACGCGCGUUCUGUUAGUUCGGUCGCUCACUGCUGCACGCGUAUUCAGUGGGGUCAGUCGCACACUACCGCACGAAAAGAGCUCUUAUCGCACACUGCCGCACGCGCGUUCAGUUAGUUCAGUCGCACACUGCCGCACUCGUAUUCAGUGGGGUCAGUCGCACACUACCGCACAAAAAGAGCUCUUGUCGCACACUGUCGCACGCGCGUUCAGUUAGUUCAGUCGCACAAAAAGAACUCUUGCCGCACACUGCCGCACGCGCGUUCAGUUAGUUCAGUCGCACAAAAAGAACUCGUUAAGCGCACAGCAACAUAAAAAAGAAAGCUUGUAGAUUUUACUCAUUUAUAUUAGCUUUUGUUACAAAUCAACUUAAGUAUAUACAGUUUGUUCUCGAGCUACGUUUUCUAAGUUCUUGUGUGCAAUUAGUAUAAUUGGCUCAAAGGAUUCUCAAAUGCAAGAUAAAUUACUGUUUUACCAAAAAUUUUAGAGCCUCUUAAAAACCAGAAAUUUUCAAAUUUUCUGCAUGAAUUGUGAUACAUAAAUGGUUUAAUGUAAAAACCUAGUUACCUAGUUAUGUAUGAACCGCGUAUCUCGGACUGACGGUAUUUAUAAUUAAAAAUGCAGCCUUAAAAGCAAUAACUUUUUGUUCUUGCAUUAAAAUCUCGAUAAAAUUAAACAUAAUAUUUAAAAAAUGGUACUUAGCUACAAUUGAGCGACUGACCUACCGCACGCGUUCAGUUCAUCAUACUGAACGAACUACAUCGCACGCGUUCACUGAAAAGAAUCAAAUUGCCCAAGCCUAAUCGAAAGCCCCCAAAGGAUUCCGGCUGGUGAUAAAUAAUGGUGACCAUGGAUGUCAAACAGUGUACCAUAUACACCUGCACGUUAUAGGCGGACGCCAGCUCGGAUGGCCUCCCGGGUAAUUGUAUCGCGAACUGCACGUAACAGAAGCAAAUAAAUGGACCAUCGUGCGGUUAUCCAUUUCCAUCCUGAA